AUGGGAAAGCUUCUUUCCUUGUUUUGGGAGGUGGAUCCACCCCCCAUGCCUUUAAGUUUUACCAUUCCAAACCAGGACUACGAGUGCCAGCAGGAUGACUCUUGUGGGACAGUAGGGAUCUUCCUUGUUUGGUAUUUUGUCAUUAUAUUGAUCUUGAUGUUCUUCUCUCGGGCUUCUAUCUGGAUGUCCGGGAAGAAGAGGGAUGAAGACAGUGGAACAAGCACUUCAUUGAGUAAAGCAAGCAAAGAUACUUCCUAUAAUUGGCAAAACAAAGGUGGUUGCUGGGACUCUUCACAGAUGAUGAAAAAACUGAAGCAGAGCCAACUUACUCCUGGAACCGACUCAGAAGUGGCUCUGGUCAAUGACUGUCUUGAAGGAAGAAGAUGUAGGCACCAUUCUCAGCUCAGCCAGGGGAAUCAGACCCAACUCGACAGUGAUACCACUGACUGUGACAGCGAAGAAUCUGACUUGGGAGCAUCCUCCUGGAAAGAGAGUGAAAGUGAACACCCACCACCAGCCGGUACAAAGAGAAAAAUAGCUCAGAGGCAACCGAGUGUGGGAAGUGACCGAAUCCGGGAAAGGCCCUGCCUUUACUGCAAAGCCAGGAGAACCCAUGAAUGGUUGGCCCGCCAUUUCCUUCAGAACACUUCAAUAACAGCCCCGACGAAGGGGGAUGUUCGAGAGGAAAACUCGGUACCUGACAUUAACGCAAAAUUCAGUAAAUUUUGA